AUGACCUCAAAACCAUUGGGGCCUCAGCCUCCGGUUCUAGCUCCACAGCCGCCGCAUCUUCACGGCGGAGAUGCUUUAAAACGUCUUCCCGAUAUGGAUACAGACAAGGAAAUGUCUGCUGCUGCUGCUGUUGUAGAGGGAAAUGAUGCUGUUACCGGUCACAUCAUCUCCACUACAAUUGGAGGCAAAAACGGUGAACCUAAACAGACCAUUAGUUACAUGGCCGAACGUGUUGUUGGAACAGGAUCGUUCGGAAUUGUGUUCCAGGCAAAGUGCUUGGAAACCGGAGAAUCAGUAGCCAUUAAGAAGGUUUUGCAAGAUCGGCGCUACAAAAACCGCGAGUUGCAAUUAAUGCGACUCAUGGACCACCCGAAUGUGGUUUCCUUGAAGCAUUGUUUCUUCUCUACGACGAGUAGAGACGAGCUCUUCCUCAACCUUGUUAUGGAGUAUGUACCAGAGACUUUGUACCGGGUUUUGAAGCACUAUACUAGUUCAAACCAGAGAAUGCCUAUUUUCUAUGUCAAACUUUACACAUACCAAAUCUUCAGAGGCUUGGCUUAUAUCCAUACUGCUCCUGGUGUAUGCCACAGAGACGUGAAACCACAAAAUCUUUUGGUUGAUCCCCUCACCCAUCAGUGUAAGCUGUGUGAUUUUGGCAGUGCAAAAGUACUGGUGAAAGGUGAAGCAAACAUAUCAUACAUCUGCUCUCGGUAUUACCGAGCUCCAGAGCUCAUCUUUGGGGCCACUGAGUAUACAUCAUCCAUAGAUAUAUGGUCUGCUGGUUGUGUUUUAGCUGAGCUCCUUCUUGGCCAGCCUUUGUUCCCGGGAGAAAAUUCUGUGGACCAGCUAGUGGAGAUCAUCAAGGUUCUUGGUACUCCAACUCGAGAAGAAAUCCGAUGCAUGAAUCCAAACUACACAGACUUUAGAUUCCCACAAAUCAAAGCUCAUCCGUGGCAUAAGGUUUUCCAUAAGCGGAUGCCUCCAGAAGCCAUUGACCUUGCAUCUCGGCUUCUUCAAUAUUCACCGAGCCUACGUUGCACUGCGCUUGAAGCAUGUGCUCAUCCAUUUUUCAAUGAACUGCGUGAUCCCAAUGCUCGUCUUCCAAACGGCCGCCCUCUUCCACCGUUGUUCAACUUCAAACAAGAGUUGUCUGGAGCUUCACCAGAGCUUAUAAACAGGCUAAUACCGGAGCACGUUAGGCGACAGAUGAGUGGAGGCUUUCCAUAUCAAGGUGGUUCGUAG